AUGGAGCUCGAUACAGGCAGCGCCCUUACGUUUGAAUAUUUUCUUAGUCUGAAGUUUGUCGUUACCCCAAACGGGCACACAAUAUGUAAGAAAGGGAUAAACAAGACCGUAAUAAGCUGUCAGAAGGAUGCGUCUUUCUUGAUAACAGGAGAGCCUACGAAGAAGGAAAGCACUAGAAAAUUAGGUUCAAUCAAGGGUGUGAAGACACAUAUAGUUUUGAAAGAUGGAGCUGUACCGAAGUUCUGCAAAUUUCGUCCAGUGCCGUUCGCUCUUCGCAAACAAGUGGAAGAGGAAAUAGACAAGAUGGUGGAUGAUGGAAUUGCUUAUCCUGUUUUGAGUUCCGACUGGGCAACCCCACUGGUUGUUGUGCCCAAGCCUACAGGAGUUAGGCUAUGCGGGGACUUUAAGGCAGCUAUUGAUGAGAUAAUUAAAAAUCUUCCCGGUACGGUAGCGUACCUUGAUGAUGCCUUGAUUGGCGGACAUUCAUACCCUGAAGCAGUGUCUAGGUUGGAGCAAGUUCUUCAACGCUUCCAAGAAUACGGAGUGAAGGUUAACGAUAGUAAAUGCAAAUUUUUACAACCUGUUGUAGACUAUUUAGGUUAUAGGUUGUCGGCUGAAGGUAUAAGUCCACGAGAAGGGCUAGUGGAAGCCAUCAAGGAUGCCCCGGAACCAGCAAGUAAGGAGGAGUUGAGAUCAUAUAUAGGGCUCAUUAAUUACUAUGGUAGAUUUAUUUCCAAUCUCUCUGAUAAGCUGAACUGUUUCUAUGAGUUGUUGAAAAAGGAUGUUUCUUUUGUUUGGUCUAGGAAAUGUGCUGAAACUUUUAAACAGAGUAAACACUGGGUGUUAUCUUCUGAUAUUCUUGUACAUUAUGAUGUCAAUAAGCCACUAGUGCUUACAUGUGAUGCAAGCCCUCGAGGCGUGGGGGCGGUGUUGUCCCAUUUGAUUGAUGGCGAAGAGAGGCCUAUUGCUUUCGCCUCUAAAACUCUGAGUCAAAGUGAGAAAAAUUAUUCUCAGCUUCAUAGGGAAGCCCUAGCAUUAGUAUUUGGUGCUAAGAAAUUCCAUAAGUAUAUUUACGGGAGAAAACAUGUCAUAUUACAGAGUGACCACCAGCCGUUGGCUACUAUCUUUGGCUCAAAGCGAGGAACCCCAAGCCUAGCCGCAGCGCGCCUACAGAGAUGGGCCCUGAUUUUGGCUUCGUAUGACUUCGAAGUGAGAUAUCGCAAGGCGUCUGAUGUGCCACAUGCCGAUGCCUUAUCCCGGUUGCCGUUACCGGCAAGUGAUUCACUGGAACUGGAAAACAACUUUAUCUCGCACACUCAGGAAUGCGUGGAGGUACUAAACUGCUUCAGCACGGUGAGUACCGAAUCACCUAUCACUUCUAAGGAAAUUGCUAAAUUCACUGGUACUGAUCCUAUAUUAUCUAAAGUAAGAGAUUAUGUUUGGCACGGCUGGCAUGGCGCUGUGGAUAAAGAGUUAUUGCCUUUUGUAAAAAGGAAAGAUGAACUUUCUGUGGAUAGUAAUUGUCUUCUGUGGGGGGCCCGUGUGGUCAUUCCGACAAAAUUGAGGAAUCAAGUUUUAGAAUUGCUUCAUGAUCAACAUCCAGGCAUUACACGGAUGAAGCUGUUAUCACGUAGCUAUGUGUGGUGGCCCGGUAUAGAACAAGGUAUUGAAGAAACAGUGUCUUCUUGUUAUAUUUGUCAGUGUACGAGGAAUGCAGCUCCAAAAGUCCCUCUCCAACAGUGGCCCCGUGUGUAUGGCAGAUGGCAACGGGUGCACAUAGAUUUCGCUGAAGAUACUAAUUCUAGGCAACAAAUGUUAGUACUAGUAGACAGUUUUUCUAAGUGGAUCGAGGUGUUUGUUAUGAAAUCUACUAGUUCUCUCAAGACCAUUGAGCGUCUCCGUUCACUUUUUGCAUCGUAUGGGCUUCCGGACACUCUAGUAUCUGAUAAUGGCCCUUCUUUUACAAGUUUUGAGUUCAAAGAAUUCUUAAAGAAGAAUGGAGUAAGGUUUGUCUUAUCACCUCCUUAUCAUCCUGCGUCAAAUGGUGCGGCCGAGCGGUGCGUUCAAGAAGUGAAGAAGAACCUGUUGAGACAGGUGUUGAGUGAAGGUGGUACUGGUUCUCUGACUUUGCAACAUAAACUUGAUAACUUCCUAAUGACAUACAGAAAUACACCUAACACUGUAACCGGACUUACCCCGGCAGAAUUGUUUCUCAACUGGAAACCUAAAACUAGGCUUGCACUUCUCAAACCUAACCUCAACGCUCGUAUUGACACGAACCUGGACAGACAGAAGGAGAGUUCGGAUAGGCAUAGGGGAAGGGCAAGGUCCUUUGAAGUUGGAGAGAAAGUGUUCGUUAAAACUGUCAGGCAGGAGAAAAUUGAUUGGGUACCUGGAAAAGUUCUGGAGAUAAAAAGUUCUGUAAUAUAUCUUGUUAGUGUAUUGGGAAAAGUUAGGCGUUGCCAUGCUGACCACCUCAGGUCUAGGGUUAACAUGGAAGAGGAGGGGAUAGCAGUGCCAAGUUGUGAGCCAAGGUCUCCCAUGAAACCAGUACUUCCUGAGCGAGGGGAAACUUCAGAGGACAAGGAGAGGCAACAAGUUUCGCCCAGGCGGCAAUCUCCAUUGAAGGACUCUGAGACUGCAGCGGUCCAGCCAAGACAUGAAGACUCACCUGCGGUAGUGCAGUGCAGCCAGCCCGAUCUUAGAAGGUCAAAAAGGACAAUUCAAAAGCCUGAAAAGCUAGACCUUUAA